AUGCUCGGGCCCGUUGGCCCACUUGUGUUCCAAAGAAAGCCGGAUGCGACGUCCCCACCCUACCAACUACAAGACUCGCAGACGCUGGCGCCAGCGAACAGUGGACCUCAUGCCCUCUCAGUCAAGAAUCCGGAAAACGCGUCUUUUCUGGAGCAGGAGGAAUGGUUGGUUUCAUUGGUCAGGGAUGUGAUCGCUGCGCCGGCCUACAAUGAUGCAGCUCUCGACAAAGCGCGCGCUGAUUUGCUAAGCUAUCUGCACCGCGAGUUGGAUGGGCUCGAGCGCGUGAAGGCGGAGCAGUGGGAGAGAUACAGGCGCACCAAGAAGACCUACGUAUAUCAGAACAUGAAGGAAUGGAUGGCUCGAUUCCUCUCCAGACCGGACAUUGAGCCUGUGAUCGACGCGCGGAGAAAUCUGGCCCAUGCCGCACUGCCGGACAUUCGCUCCGAUAUAUGGGAUGCGCCAGUGUUCCGAAACUUCAAAGACGCGACAGGUCGGACGUUCAUUGAUGGCCCUGAAGGCGAGGGACGGUAUCUCUUCAGUCUGACUGUCGAUGGAUUCAACCCGUUCCAGGCCAAGGAGGCGAAACAGAAGGUGUCCAUAUCAGGUAUCUAUAUGGUUUGCAUGAAUCUACCCCCUGAUAUGCGCUACCUCCCCGAGAACAUGUACCUGGUCGGUAUAGUCCCG